AUGGAAAUUAUAUUAAUCUCUCUUUGCUUUGCGACGCUCUUAGCAUUUUUCUUUCUAAAACAAAUUCUUAAUCGAACGGCCACCAUUAAAGUUAACCUACCGCCAUCUCCAUGGCGGCUUCCGGUGAUCGGGAACCUCCACCAGCUCAGCCUCCACCCUCACCGUUCUUUCGGUUCCCUCAGUCGCCGUCACGGGCCACUCAUGCUCCUUCAUUUUGGCAGCGUCCCUGUCCUCAUAGUCUCAUCAGCCGAUGUAGCUCAUGAAGUCAUGAAAACACACGAUCUUAAGUUUGCCAACCGUCCGAUUGGAAUAGCGGCCAAUAAAAUUCUAAAAAGUGGGAGAAAUUUGAUUCUUUCCUCGUAUGGAGAAUAUUGGAGGCAGAUGAAGAGUUUAUGCGUCCUCCAUCUCCUCAGCAAUAAAAUGGUCAGGUCUUUUGAGAAAUUACGAGAAGAAGAGCUAAAUUUAAUGAUGGAGAAACUAAAGAAAGCGACCUCGUCUUCUUCAUCGGUAAAUCUCAGUGAAACCAUCUUUAAUAUGGUAAACACUGUGUUAAGCAGAGUUGCAUUGGGGAAAAAAUUUAGCGAUGAGAAGAGCACAGUGAACGUCAAGAAGAUGAUGAGGGCAUUGAUAGAUGCUUCUACUGUAUUCCCAGUAGGAGAUUACAUUCCGUAUUUGGCAUGGAUAGAUACAAUCCGGGGUUUGGAUCACAAACUCGAGGAAGUAAUCAAAAGUCACUAUGACUUUCUGGAAAAUGUGGUGCGAGAACAUGAAGAUGAAGGUGGCGAUAAAGAGAAAGCUGAUUUUGUUGAUAUGCUGUUGUGGAUCCAAAAAGAGAAACCUAAUGGAUUUGAGAUUGAUUCACAAGACAUCAGACUAAUCAUUUCGGAUAUAUUUAUAGCAGGAACAGCGACGACCUCCACACUCUUGGAAUGGACAAUGACUGAGCUUAUAAGACAUCCAGAAACAAUGAAGAAACUACAAGAAGAUAUCCGAACACAUUCAAGGAGUAGCUCUUACGUAACGGAAGAAGAAAUCGGAAAUAUGAAAUACUUAAAAGCUGUGAUUAAAGAGAUACUCCGGAUACAUCCACCAGGUCCAAUUUUGAUUCCUCGGCAACUGAGCGAAGACGUCAAGUUAAAGGGAUAUGACAUUGCGGCUGGUACACAGGUGAUUAUCAAUGCAUGGGCGAUCCAACGAGAUAGAGCAACAUGGGGAAGUGAUGCUGAAGAGUUUAAACCGGAGAGACAUUUAAAUUCAGCUUUGGAUUUUCAAGGGCAGAAUUUCAUGUACAUUCCUUUCGGAUCGGGGAGAAGAAUAUGUCCCGGAAUAGGAUUUGCUAUGGCGUUGGCCGAAGUAACAUUGGCCAACCUUGUGAAUCGAUUCAACUGGGAAUUCGAGGCUAGAACAGCAGGAGAUGAUGAUCAAUACCAUCUAGCUGAAGCUUUUGGUAUAGAAGUUUGCCGCAAGACGAAGUUAACACCACGGCGCAGGAAACGUGAUGCUAUUGAGGAAGAUGAUAUCGAUCAAGAUGAGCGUGAGCCAAUACCAGGAGAUGACUGUGAGGUGAUUGUUGAUGAUGUUGGUGAUGAGGUAGCAGAUGAGAAUGAAGAGCAUGGUGUAGCUGUUCGAGAAGUAAUUGUUGAAGGCCAAUCUUUAUCAAAUUACUUGGAGAUAUUGCUAGCAAUGACAAUGAGGAGAAUUAUGACAGUGGAGACGAUGUAUGGAACGACGAUACAAUACCGGAUCCUCUAUCAUCAGACGAUGAGGAAGAGGAAGCAGAAAGGGAAUCUCAUGUGGAUACAAUACCACCUGAUGAAAUUCUAG